AUGAGAAAACUUUCGUUGAGAAUAUUAAGUUCAAUAAUACCACGCAUAAACAAUGUACAUGUACAAAAAGUUUUUUUUUGUAAUAAAAAAUAUGAACCGUUCAUAAAUAAUUCAAACGAAUUCAACAUUCCAUAUAAUAACUUGGAUGAUGUCGAAUUUGAAGAUCAACUAUCAUCAGCUAUAACAUUUGAUAUAAAUAUUGAUAGCGAUAAAAAAUGGAAAAAACAAGAAGAAAUAGAAUAUAAUAAUUUUUUGAAAAAUCUUCAAAAUGAAAAAUUUUAUAAUAAUAAUUUUAUUCAAGAAAGAAAUUUAGAGGAAGCUCAAAAUAAGGACAUAAAUGAAAUCGAAAUAAAAAAUUGUGAAAUAAAUGAGACUAUCAAAAAUAUAAAAAAUGUACUUGAUAAAUAUGAAAUGAAUGAUGAAAAAAAAGAUGAAAUAAUAAUAAUAGAAACAAUAUUAAAUAACCUAAAAACAAAAAAUAAUAAAUAUAUAUUAAGUUCAAUGGGAAACAAGUAUAUAAAUAUAUUUGUUUGUAUUCUCUAUAAAAAUUUCGAAAAAAUAUCUUAUAAUAAUUUUGUUAUUUUUAUAAACUUAAUUUAUGAAUUAAGACAGAAACAAAUAAUUCGUGAUUUUUCCUAUGAGUAUAUAAAAUUUUUAAAUAAAGAAAAUAAUAUAAAUUUUCAAAACAACAGUGUUAGAAUUAAUACCGAUUUUGAAUAUUCAAAAUUAAGUGAAAAUGAAGAAAUAAAUUUGUGUAUUCAUAUUUUAGAAAUUUUAAAUGAUUGUUCUUUGUAUUUUUCUGAAUAUUAUGAUUAUUUACUUUCAAAACUUAAUAAAAUGAAUAAUGAUCAAAUUGUUUUAUUUUCUAAAGAAUGUUCUAAACAUAGUCUAAGAACAAAACAUUAUUUAGAUAAAGCUUGUGAUAUAUGUAUAAAAAAAAUAAAAAAUUUUGAUAUUAAAAAUAUACAAUCCUUAUAUCAUUCUUUUCAUCGUUUUCCAAAAGAUUAUUCACAAUUUUACGAUAUUUCAUUAAGUUUGAUUUUAGAAAAUAUAACACAUUUUGACAUUUAUUUCGAUCAUAUUCUUCUCAAAAUAGCUAAUAAUUUUAAAAAUGAUAAAAAAUAUGUCAAUUUAACUGCAUCUAUAGCAAACAAAAUAAAUGUGUACAUAAAUCAGAUACGAAAGAAUAUUAAUUAUGAAUCAAAUAAUGGGAAUAAUGAAAAUGGGGCUAAAUUGGUAACAAAUGAUAAAAGUAAUAUGAAUGAGCAAUGCCAACAAAUUGCCAACAAUAAUUCAGAAAAAGGCAUGCAUUCAGAACCUAAUAGUGAAACGUGUAAAGAACAACUAAUUUGUCAAGAUUCUAAAAAAAUAAACAAAUUAAAAUUAGAAAACAAUAAUGAAAUAGAAAUAAAAAUAAAUAACGAAAAAGAUGUUUGUAACACUAUUAUUGAAACAAUAAAAUGUUUGAAAUAUCUUGAAUAUCGAAAAAAUAAUGAUGCUGAAGUAAAAAAUGCAGUAAAUACAGUUUACGAAUUGAUAAAUGAUUACCCAGAAUAUUUAAAAUUAUUAUAUGUAGAAGAUAUUGUAUAUAUAUUGGUAUGUUUUACUUCAUAUAAUAAAAGAAUUGUAAUAUAUAAUAACUUAUUAGACAUAUUAUGCGAAAGGAGUAAUGAACUAUUACAUGCAAAAAAUAUAUCUUUAUGGAUAUAUCCAAUUUUAUAUUUAUCAAAAAUAUCAUGGUUUCAUGGGAAUUAUUUUAAUUUUUUAUUUAAUUGUAUUAAAGAUAACUAUGUGUUAAGCAGAUUAAACAUUUUUCAAUUAUUAAAAUUAUUAUCAUCUAUUGUUAAAAUGAAUAUAUAUGAUGAAGAAAUUUAUAAAAUUUUAGUAGAAAAAUUGUUUAGCGAAUGGGAUACUAUCAAAAAAAAACUUGUGGAUAUAUCUACAUUUUUAUGGUCAUGUGCAUAUGUUAAUAUUAUUUAUAAACCUUUAUUUGACAACGCAUAUAAAUCUAUUAUUAAUAUAAUAGAUAACAAAUCUUUUGGCUUAGAUAAUGUUAUAUAUAAAAAUUGUUUUGUCAAUAUAACAUGGGCUUUUAUUGUUGGUAAUUAUCAUAAAACCGAAAAAGAUUUUGAUAAAAUUUUAAAUGUUACAUUUUUAAAUCGAGAUCCAAAUGACUCACAAGCAUUUAAACGGUUACAUCAAAUAGCAGAUGCCUGUUUUAAAGAAAUACCAAAUUGCUUAAUUAAUUUAAAAUCGCUAGAUCUUUUAUAUAAAUAUUGUAUGCAUGAAAAGUGUAAAACAUUAAGAAAUGAUUUUAAUAUAUAUAAAAAAGAAAAAGAUGCUAUGAAAAUUAAAAAUAAAAUCAUUGAUGAAAUUGCACACAUUUUAAAAAAAAUACCUACAUCAUAUCAAUUACAUUAUGAGCCAUAUAAUAAUUCCCCAUAUAUUGUUGACAUACUUUUAAAUCAAAAUCAAAAAAUUGGUAUUUGUGUCUAUGGAAAAGAACACCUAAUGAGAACUUUGGCUAAUUCUCAUUGGGAUUAUAUGAAUACUGGAUUUACUUCUUUGCAAAUGAGAAUUUUGGCUAGCCAUGGUUGGAAGAUUAUUCCAAUUAAUGGUGGGGAGUGGCUAAAAUUAAAUAUGGAACAAAAAAAGACAUAUUUACAGGAAUACUUUAAAAAAUACUCCAUACAAAUUUAA